AGCUCCUCUCUCACACUCCGGAGCAUAUCAUCAACUUGUGAAAGGUGAAGAAAACAGGACUGAUUUCUCCAUCACUUUAGCGGCCGCAGAGGCAACCGGGACGCGCACCGGCCGAACCAAUGGAGAAAUCCAAAAACUUUCGCAUCGACGCGCUUCUAGCAGUCGAUACACCCAAGGCGCAGACCUCACCGCUGGCACUUGUGACUUCCCUCUCCUCAUCCUCUGCCUCUUCAUCCUCCAUCCCGCAGUCAGGAGGCGGAGCGGCCCCGGAGCUCUCAGCCGCGGCCGAGUCUUUACGCGCCGAGACGCCGCCGUCUCCGCCGAGGGUUUCCACCUGCGGUCUGAUUCCCAAACCGGGGUUCCUGAACAGCGCGCACGGCAUGGUGGGACUACACCCGCAGAGCAGCGGGGGGAUCCCGGCGCAGGCUCUCUACGGCCAUCCCAUGUAUUCAUACUCCGCCGCUGCGCUCACGGGCCAACAUCCCGCACUGUCCUACUCCUACCCGCACGGCUCGCAUCACCACCACACCAGUGAUCCCAUUAAACUGACGGCCAGCACCUUCCAGCUGGACCACUGGCUGAGAAUGUCCACAGCUGGGAUGAUGCUCCCAAAAAUGUCCGAUUUUAAUGCUCAGACACAGUCCAACCUACUGGGCAAGUGCAGAAGACCGAGGACAGCAUUCACCAGUCAGCAGCUGCUGGAGCUGGAGCAUCAGUUCAAGCUGAACAAGUAUUUGUCAAGACCAAAGCGAUUCGAGGUGGCCACGUCGCUCAUGUUAACAGAAACUCAGGUAAAGAUUUGGUUCCAGAACAGACGCAUGAAAUGGAAGAGGAGCAAGAAAGCCAAAGAGCAGGCCGCUCAGGAGGCGGAGAAACUAAAAGGCACAAACAAGAGCGGCCAGGAGAAAUCAGACGGACUCGAUCAGUCGGAUUUUCACAGCAAGACAGAUUCAAAAAAUGGCAGGAUAAGAGACUUCAGGGACAGUGACGAUGAGGGCGACACUUUCCUCUACAACUCUUCGGAUUGCUCCUCGGAUGAAGAGCGGAAUCAAAACAGUGACGUCAGUCCGCAACCUAACUGAACUAACUGAAUAUGGGAAGAUUAAAUGUAAAAAAUAUAUAUAUAUGUUAAAAAUAAGCAUGUAAUCCAAACAUUUUCCAAUAAAAAUAACUUUAAAAAGCGACUCUGGUGUAAAAAAAAAAAAAAAAAAAGUGUGGAUGCGCUUAAAUGCGCAUCAACACUGCAUGAAUCUGUAAAGUGGGUCGAAAUUAUUGAGAUAUUGCAAAAAAAAAAAAAAAAAAAUGCAAAAACUGCAAAAAUAUUUUUCUAUGACGUAUUUAUACAAUAAACUACACAUAAAAUGCA